UAAAAUUGUUGGCAUGGCGGUGGCAACAUUAACGUGGUUGACAAUGGCCACAAAGCUGUGCGCUACAUGAGACAUGCGCACAACCCACCACCACUAUCACUGCCGCUCCGCCUCCUUCUAGCCUGCGCCCUCCUUGCCUUGCGUGCGCCUGUUGCGCGAACCCCUAUCCUGCGUACUCCCUCCCUUCCUAACCCUUCCUGCGUUGCCAUCAUCCCCACUAACACCACCACCUCCAACUACGGCAACGAUACCAUCCACCUCAUCGAGAUCUCCUGUUCGCACGCCCGAGGAGCCAUGUCCAAAGCUCGCGUUUACUCCGACGUCAAUGUCGUGCGGCCCAAAGAAUACUGGGAUUACGAAUCUCUAACCGUUCAAUGGGGUGAUCAAGAUGAUUAUGAGGUUGUACGGAAAGUUGGAAGGGGAAAAUACAGUGAGGUUUUCGAGGGCAUAAAUGUCAACAGUAACGAGCGGUGCAUAAUCAAGAUACUUAAGCCUGUUAAGAAAAAGAAGAUUAAGAGAGAGAUAAAAAUACUACAGAACAUUUGUGGUGGUCCAAAUAUUGUCAAGCUUCUUGAUAUUGUCAGAGAUCAGCACUCAAAAACUCCUAGCUUGAUAUUUGAAUAUGUGAACAGUACAGAUUUCAAAGUUCUUUAUCCCACGUUGACCGAUUAUGACAUACGCUACUACAUAUAUGAGCUUCUGAAGGCAUUGGACUACUGCCAUUCACAAGGAAUAAUGCACAGAGAUGUCAAGCCUCACAAUGUUAUGAUCGACCAUGAGUUGCGUAAACUUCGCUUGAUAGACUGGGGUCUUGCUGAGUUCUACCAUCCCGGCAAGGAAUAUAAUGUCCGUGUAGCUUCGAGAUACUUUAAGGGUCCUGAACUUCUGGUUGAUUUGCAAGACUAUGACUAUUCUUUGGACAUGUGGAGCCUCGGCUGCAUGUUUGCAGGAAUGAUUUUCCGCAAGGAGCCAUUCUUUUAUGGUCAUGACAACCAUGAUCAACUUGUCAAAAUUGCAAAGGUUCUUGGGACAGACGAGUUAAAUGCAUAUCUGAAUAAGUAUAAUUUGGAGCUUGACCCUCAACUUGAUGCACUUGUUGGGAGGCACAGCAGGAAACCCUGGUCCAAAUUUAUUAAUGCAGAUAAUCAGCAUCUGGUUUCUCCAGAGGCCAUUGAUUUUCUUGAUAAGCUCCUACGGUAUGAUCACCAGGACAGGCUAACUGCAAGAGAAGCCAUGGCACAUCCAUAUUUCUCUCAGGUGAGGGCAGCAGAAAGUAGCAGGAUGCGCACACAGUAGGCUGAUCCCAUGGAGUCCUGUGUGUAAACAAACAAGAGGCCAUGCUAGUUGGAAUAUGUUUUAUAAACCCUAUAGUUUUUUAUGGCUUCCUCUCGCUGAAUGUGGGCAGUCAAGUUUGUGUAUGGGUUCAUAAUGCGAAGACUAUUGUUGAGUUGAAUGAAACUUUGUGAAGUUUUCAA